AUGGCUGAAACUCAAACUUCAUCUGAUCCAAUCAAAUUAGUAUUAGUAGGUGACGGAGGUGUCGGUAAGACUACUUUUGUCAAGCGUCAUUUGACCGGUGAAUUCGAAUCAAGAUAUAUUCCAACUUUGGGUGUAGCUGUUCAUCCACUCACUUUCUUUACAAACUUUGGAAAGAUUACAUUCAAUAUUUGGGACACUGCUGGUCAAGAAAGAUUCGGUGGUCUCAGAGAUGGUUACUAUAUUCAAGGUCAAUGUGCCAUCAUUAUGUUUGAUGUCACAUCACGUGUUUCAUACAAGAAUUGUCCAAACUGGCACAAUGAUUUAACCAGAGUUUGCGAAAACAUCCCAAUCGUUUUGUGUGGUAACAAGGUCGAUGUCAAGGAUCGUAAGGUCAAGCCAUCACAAAUCCAUUUCCAUCGUCGUUUCAACUCAUCAUACUAUGAUGUUUCAGCCAAGUCAAACUACAAUUUCGAAAAGCCAUUCAUUUGGUUAACCUCCAAGCUCCUCGGUAACAAGACUGUCACCUUGGUUCAAGCUCCAAACCUCAAACCAGCUGAAGUUGAAAUUGACCGUACUUUGAUGAAUCAAUACGAAGAACAAGUCACCAAGGCUGCUGCUUGCCCAAUUCCAGAAGAUGAAGAGUUCUAA